AGGAACAUCUGCAGUUCUCCUGGCAUCAUCUCCAUUCUCAACUAAAAGUCUGUCAUCCGAAGCAAGUGCUCCUGCAUCUAUAAUCUCAACUGAAGCACCAGUUUCAGCAGUAGGAACUCAAUAUCAAACCACACUACCCAGCAAUCCAACCUGGAUAGACACAGAAGUAACUUCAAGAACUGCCUCUUCAGUGACAUUCUCUCCUGAACCCCCGUUCCCAACUUCAGAACUGCCCCUAAGUCCGUCAACAGCACCUAAUAUGCCAUACUCACCAGAAGAAAGUCCCUCGUCAUCAGCAAUAGCAACUGUAGCAUUAAACUCACCAGAAACUUCAGGGUCAAUAACAGAAUUGAGUAAUCCAACAUCUGCAGUCACAGUUGUUUCCACAGUAGUUCCACCUUCAGCAGGAACAUCUUCAGUACUUCUGGCAUCAUCUCCAUUCUCAACAAAAAGUCUGUCAUCUGAAGCAAGCGCUCCUGCAUCUAUAAUCUCAACUGAAGCACCAGUUUCACCAGUAGGAACUCAACAUCAAACCACACUACCCAGCAAUCCAAUCUCGAUGGUCACAGAAGCUAAUUCAGCAACUUCCACCUCAGUGACAUUCUCUCCUGAACCCCUGUUUCCAACUUCGGAACUGCCACUAAGUCCGUCAACACCAUCCACUAUGCCAUACUCACCAGAAGAAAGUCCGUCUUCAUCAGCAAUAGCAACUGUAGCAUUAAACUCACCAGAAACUUCAGGGCCAAUAACAGAAUUGAGUAAUCCAACAUCUGCUGUCACAGUUGUUUCCACAGUAGUUCCACCUUCAGCAGGAACAUCUGCAGUCCUUCUGGCAUCAUCUCCAUUCUCAACUAAAAGUCUGUCAUCCAAAGCAAGUGCUCCUGCAUCUAUAAUCUCAACUGAAGCACCAGUUUCAGCAGUAGGAACUGAAUUUCAAACCACACUACCCAACAAACCAACCUCGAUGGUCACAGAAGCUAAUUCAGCAACUGCCACUUCAGUGACAUUCUCUCCUGAACCCCUGUUUCCAACUUCGGAACUGCCACUAAGUCCGUCAACACCAUCCAAUAUGCCAUACUCACCAGAAGAAAGUCCCUCGUCAUCAGCAAUAGCAACUGUAGCAUUAAACUCACCAGAAACUUCAGGGCCAAUAACAGAAUUAAGUAAUCCAACAUCUGCAGCCACAGUUGUUUCCAAAGUAAUU